AUGAAGAUUGAGAUAAUCUCCAAGGAGACCAUCAGACCUUUCUUUCCAACUCCUCCCCACCUUCAAAGCUACAGACUCUCUUUGUUAGAUCAACUAGCCCCUCCAAUUUAUGUGCCCAUUCUUCUAUUCUAUUCUGCUGAUGGAUUUCCUGCCAGUGAGGAUCAUAUCACGAUGUACAAUAGGCUUAAGAAAUCCCUAGCAGAAACCCUAACCCGCUUCUACCCUUUAGCAGGAAAGAUCAAUGGAGAUGCAUCUGUGGAGCUUCAUGAUGAAGAUGUUAUCUUUGUAAGAGCUCAUGCAAGCAUUCACCUCUCAAAGAUUCUUGAAAACCCAGACUUGAAUUCACUGAAACAGCUUCUCCCACUCAAUCCCUACAAAUUGAAUGAUGAUAAGCCGGUUCCGGUCAUGGCAGCUCAACUUAAUGUCUUCAGUUGCGGCGGAAUUGGCAUUGGUGUGUGCAUUUCACACAAGGUGGCCGACGGUGUAACACUGGCCACAUUCCUCAACGCUUGGGCAGAAACCUCACACGGAGCCGGCGAAACUAUCACUCCCUGUCUAACUUCAGCCACCCUCUUUCCGCCUAAAGACGUGCAUUCCGGGAUCACGCCGGUUGAUUUGGUUGCGAAAGAGAAGACUGUGACGAAGAGGUUUGUGUUUGAUGUAACUAGUUUAGCUACACUGAAAGCCAAAGCAGCUGCCAAAGGCUCGUGCGUUGACGACCCUACUCGUGUUGAAGCCGUAACAGCUCUUAUAAGUAUGUCUGCCAAAAAUGCCAGAAGGGGAAAGUCAUUGCAAGGAAGGUCAUCAAUGGUGAUAACCCAUGUGGUGAACUUAAGAGCACGAACUGUUCCACCAUUGCCAGAGCAUGCUUUUGGGAAUAUUUGGCAGCUUACCAUUGCACCAAUUUUUGAGGUGGAAAACAAGACAGAGUUGCAAGAUUUGGUGGUUCAGCUGAGGAGAGCAGUCAGGAAAAUUGAUGACAAUUAUGUGAAGAAGCUCCAAGGUGAAGAAGGAUUACAGCAGGCUAGUGAGUCUAUGAAAGAAGUACUAGACAUGGCGUCAAAAGGGGAGGUUGAGUUUUACACGUUUAGCAGUUGGGUUGGUUUUCCAUUUUAUGAAACUGAUUUUGGAUGGGGAAGACCUAUUUGGGUAUGCAUUAGUAGUGUGCCCAUCAAAAAUGUUGUUAUGUUGAUGAGCACUAGAUCUGGCAAUGGAAUAGAGGCAUGGGUGACCUUGGGAGAAGAAGACAUGGCCAAAUUUGAAAACGAUCAAGAUUUGCUCCAAUUCGCUUUUCCUGCAUCAAGCUCUUAG